AAAUUUAGGCCGCGAUGUAUUCUGCUACAUGUCUUUGGUGAAAAUAACCCAAAUUAGGAAGUUAUAGAGUUCACAAACUAUGGGAGAUAUCUGAAAAUUGAUCAAUCCUGAAGUACUGACAGCCAAUCUAUUUUCUUGAGGUCCAAGAAUAUCAGAAGUCAGGACGGUACAGAUAUCCCCCAAAUGUCAGGACGGUACAGAUAUCCCCCAAAUGUCAGGACGGUACAGAUAUCCCCCAAAUGUCAGGAGAGUCAGAUAUCCCCCAAAUGUCAGGACGGGACAGAUAUCCCCCAAAUGUCAGGAACAGAUAUCCCCCAAAUGUCAGGAGAGUACAGAUAUCCCCCAAAUGUC